CAAACCAGGCGUCACAGUGCUGUUUACCAGAGACCGUGUGAGGCGCAGGGGUGCGGGACGUCCAAAGACAUGCCAUCAGUCCCAGAGCACCUGGCCCUCAGUGACUGUCCGCGCUCAUAUUCCCGCGAGCAGCUCACUCCUCGCUCCGAGAACACGGUCUUCAGCCUGGCUCACAACGACACCUUCUGGACCCUGCAGCCCGCUGCGGGACACUGCGAGUACUACUGGCAGGCCAUCCUCCUCAUGACCUCCGGGGGCAGCGUGCUGAUCUGCGGGAUGGUGCUGAGCGGACUUUACUUCGCUGGCUUCUCCAUGAUGGCCACCAACAUCCUGGGCCCCGCUCUGCUGUCUGUGGGGCUGAUGGUGCUGGUGGUGGGGAUGGUUUUGAUGCCCAUCACACGACAAAUGAGGGAUCAAAGCGCAACCAAACAACUCUGCAGUUACUACAAGCCUCAAAUAAACAUCUGAGGAGAACUUAAUCGUUCUCUAGUAGGAUAAUUAAGUUCUCUUAAUAGUAGGAUAGUUCACCCAGACAUUAAACCUUUGUCUGCAUUUACUCAUCCUCCACAGUGACUGAAGUUUAAUUUUGGGGGGUGAAAUAGCCUUUUAAGGCAAGACACUGCAGGCAAAACAAUUUUUUGAUUGUUUGUUUGUUUGUUUAUGCACUGUUCAAUUUUGUGAUUUUGAGCUGUUUUGCUUCCUUAGCUUGUUUUCUUUCAGACUAGGGUUAUUAUCAUUAAUUAAAGCUAUUAGAAACAUGUUUUGUGACUUGAAAUAAAACAAUUAUAAGCAAAAAAUAAUGUUUUUAAUAAAUUAACACAACAAAACUACUACUAAAAUUAAAAUGAAAACUAAUAUAAAAUCUAAUUAAAUUAAAAAUAAAAACAAUAACAAUUUCCUCCCUGCAACUAACUGAAAUGUUUAAGCCAAAACAUUAGAAUAACCAUACAUAAAUAGUAAUAUUAAAAAUAAAUACAGUAAAAUUACCAAAGAAAUUAAAAUAAAUUAACUAAACAUUUAACAAUUUUUUUUCAAUGUA